AUGGAUAUCAAUGCCUUGCUGUCGCCAUCAGAGUCGCCGGCGAAACCGCAGGCUUCGACACAAUCAAAUCCGGCAGCGACUGCCAGGGCGAGGGCGCAACCACGCCCUGCUGGUGGUAGGCGUACUGCAUCGGGCCUCAGCAAUGAAAUUUCCAUGACAUCGCCGCCGCCUGAGCCACCGCGUUCGGCGCCUGCACCAGGACAUGAUUCUGUCAACCAAUAUCAGAGGAACGCAUACGCCUACCGACCACAACUUCAAUACGUCUCGGGUCGGCACUCGUCAACGCCGCAAAUGGAGACUCUGGCAGAUCUUGCUUCAAUGCAGCAUCACCAACUGCAAAGAAAACACUCCUUGGUUGAUUCACAAUUACCAUCAAUCAACCGUCGCACCAGCUUUGCCCCUCCACUCACCCGCUCUGCUCUUUCUUCUACUCAGGUUGCCAUGGCCGAAGCCCCGGCGCAAACGCCUGAGCCGCGUGCCAUCUCAGCUGCUUCACUAACUGAAAUCGAGAUUCAGACCAUCACUGAACUGGUCAAGUACUUGGCCGAAAAUUCUUACGCUUACGAUUCCCACGUACAACUCAUCAAUCUCUUCCACAAAGGCUUUGUUGCUCAUGUCUACGGUACCUCGAAUGUCGUCAUCAACGAUCCGAGGGAUUACACUCUUCUCUCUGAUAUGCGACAAGCGCGUGAGGCUAUGGAUUCUCGUUUCGCUGUUGGUGAAGACAUCUGGAAAGACUGGAUCAACGAUGAGGCCAUACUGGCCCGCCAGAGCGAAGAACGCGUUGCUGUCAUGGACUUAUGUCAGAAGGCUGUUCAAGAAGAACCCACUAGCGUCACCCUCUGGUCCAUCUAUGGCGAGUGGGUCAUGCAGACCUAUUCCAUCGCAAAUGGUUUCACCGAAGGAGACCCCAAUAUAUGGACCGACAUCGACAAGGAGAUUUGCAAGGAAGUCUUCAGUCGUGACAUUUGCUUGAGCGUGUGGGAAAGAGCCAUCGAGGCCACAGCUUGGCGUAUAGACGAGAGCCAUCGUAUAUGGGAUCGUUACAUCGAUCUUGUGCUACAGGAAUUUCCGGAAAAUCCAUCUCCUCAGGCAAUCGAGCACAUUAACAAUAUCUUCAUGCGCCGCCUCCGAACUCCGCAUGCGAACUGGUCGGAAACUUCUGCUAAAUUCUGGCCCAUUGUAUCAAAGUUUAAUGCGAACAACUGGGAAGAAAUCAUGGCCGCUACCAACGAGAUGGCCGCCCCCGCUAAGCAACAACUUGCACUUCGAGAAACACACGAGCAAAACUUGCAGCGGGCAGCCGAAUCCGGCGACAAAGUUGCCCUCUACAAUGCUUUCGCAGAGUACCUCGUCUGGGAUCGAAAGAACAAACGUCGAUCACCAUUCGAUUUCGAAUUGCGAUGCUCUUUGUACGAGAGAGCUCUUUUGCGCUUCCCCACUGUGAUCGAGUGGUGGCUUGACCUUGCCGAUUUUGUAUUGAAGACUAACUCACAUAGUCCCAUUAUCUUGACGAUCUUGGAACGAGCCACUAGACAUUGUCCGUGGUCUGGUGACUUGUGGUCAAGGCGUGUCUUGCGGGCCGAGGUCGACAAGCUUCCUUACGAUGAAGUCGAGCAAGUCAAGCACAAGGCUACCAACAGUGGCCUUCUCGAUAUAGGCGGCAUGGAAGAAGUCCUCAAGGUAUAUGCUUCAUGGUGUGGUUACCUUCGCCGCAGAGCUUUUGCGCCAGACAACACAGAUGACGAGAUUGACAUGGCCGAUAUGGGUAUCACAGGAACUCUUGAGGAUGCCAGUGUUGCUGGUAAAAAGACCUACGGCAGUGAUUACAAAGGUGAUCCCCUUUUCCGUCUGGAGCAGAUCCACGUCAAGUUCCUCCUGGAGGCUCGACGCUAUCAAGACGCAAGAAUGGUGUUUGAGCGUCUGAAAACCACUCAUGCUGCUAGUGCUGAUUUCUGGCUUUCUUGGUAUCGCGUCGAGAUCAUGGUAUGGGGUCAUGAACGCAUGUCUGAGGCAGUUCGCAUCGAAACGCCUGAAACAGCACCCCACAAUGCUACUUCUGUUUUACGCGAAGCUCUACAGCAAAGAAACCUCGACUGGCCAGAAAAGAUUCUUGAAGUGUGGCCAAACCACUUCUCCCAGCAUGAGAGCCCGGAGGCAUUGCAAGAAGCUCAGGCAGACGCUCGUACUGCACAGUUCUUCCUGUCUCAGAAAAGGGCGAGAGAAGCAGCUGAUGCUGCUGCCACUGCUGCUGCCUCUGAAACACAACCUCAAACGAAUGGUCUCGAGACCAUCCAGGAAGAAGCGCCGACCACAUCUAAGAGGAAACGCGAAAACGAAGCCGAGCAAGAGGCCGAAGAUAUUGUCAAGAGGAAUAAGACUGGAGAAGAGGACACGAUUCAUCCGCCGUAUAACGAAGUGUCGGCUUCGGCUUCAGCUCAAAUCAAACGCGACAGAGAGCACAACACAAUCACCGUCAAGGACUUGCCAAGCAAUGUUACAGAAAAGCGCGUACGACAAUUCUUUAGCGACUGUGGAACCAUCCUCUCCGUUGGUAUAGUAGCUGACGAUAAUGCCCCGACUGCGCACGCCACCAUCGAAUUUGAAACUGAAGAGGAUACACUCUCAGCUAAGACUAGAGACGGAAAGAAUUUUGAUGGCAACACCAUUCGCAUACAGUCUGGAACACUUUCAACUCUUUACGUGACGAAUUACCCUGCCGACUGGGAUGAAGUCAAAAUUCGUGAGCUUUUCCAAGAUUUUGGCACCAUCGUCAGUGUCCGCUUGCCGUCACUCAAAUACAACCAGCGACGCCGCUUCUGCUAUGUACAGUUCCUUACGGCUGAAGAAGCCCGUGCUGCUACGGUCAUGGACGACAAAUCCCUUGACAGUCAGCACCGUCUUAUUGCUAAGAUCUCUGAUCCCGAUGCCAAAAAGGCCCGCUCGGGCGCCAUGACCGAGGGCCGGGAGUUGCAUGUCGCCAACAUUGACUUCACCGCUAGUGAGUCUGAAAUUCGCGAUCUAUUCAAACAGCACGGCACUAUUGAGAGCGUCCGCAUGAUCAAGAAUCUUCAAGGCAGGUUCUUUGGUACAGCAUUCAUCGUCUUCUCCAAAGCCGAAGAAGCUCAAGCGGCGAUGACCUUGAAUAACAAGCCUUUGAAGACUCGCCUUCUCCGUGUCACGUUGGCUACAGAUAAGGGUUCGGCGAAGAAGGACAUUGCAACCACAGUCAUCAAACACAACGCGGGUGGAUCUCCUGCGCCCGAGGGCAGUCAAAACGGCUCUGCCGAAGCAGCUAACGGACGCAGGGGGUCUACUGCUCUACCUGAGGAGCUCAACGAAGAGACCGCUAAGACAGCACGUGAACGCAAAUUGGCUCUGCUAAAUCUUCCCGACACAGUCAACGAUGCCCGCAUACAAACUUUCCUCGAGAACUUUGGUCCACUUCGCAAGAUCACCGUCCGCCGCGAUAAGGGAGGUGCUAUAGUAGAGUUUGUCAAUCUUCAAGAUGCCGGCAAAGUCAGCCUGGGAGUCGACUGCAGCCCUCUGGGUCCAGAAGUGCGCAUCGGCACCGUCGAAGAGCUUCUCCACAAGUCCAAGGCCAAGCCUACAUCCGACCAGGCCACCAAGCCAGCCACUUCCUUCAAGCCUGCUCAAGCUGGUAUCUCGAGACCUGCUCAGAGAAGCGGUCCGAGUAGACGUGGUGGGCUCGGUUUCAAACGUGGUGGUGGAUUUUCUUCUAGCUCCGCAAAGUCGCUCGAAGGAGAAGACAAGGUUAUGAGCGGUACUGGCGAGACGGAUACCAAGCCGAAGAGCAACAAUGACUUUAGAGAAUUGUUCAACAAGGGAAAGGAGACUGAUGCUGCUGCUGCUGCUGCUACCGAGGAAAAGCAGGAAUAA